AUGUCGACUGCCGGGGAUACGAGUGCCCCUGUGACUGUCCAUGUCAAAGGGCCGAGUGGCCUCAAGCUCUCUUUGGAGAUUGACUUGGAAAUGACUGUAUUGCAAAUGAAAGAGAGAAUUGAGCAGGAGAACCAGGACUUUCCUGCCGACAGUCAGCGACUGAUUUACAGUGGAAAGGUGCUCAAAGACCCUGAAAUGCUGCAGUCGUACAAUCUAAAGGAUGGUCCCGAAUCCCAGGGUGUACCUGCUAGCUUCUCCGCUGGGCAGCAGUUUGCGAACAACCCUUUGUCGGCGCUGAAUCGUGCCGACUAUGCUGGUCCCCACAUGGCCAGCAUCCUGAACGAAGCAGGCGGUAUGUUUGGCAACUUCGGUGGUAUGAACCCUCGCGAUCCCAAUGUCAUGCUUGGCAUGCUCCAAAAUCCCGAAUUUUUGCAACAUAUGCGUGACAUGCUGUCCCGACCGGAGGUCAUUGACCAGAUCAUUGCGAGCAACCCUCAGAUGCAAGCGAUGGGCCCACAAUUGCGCGAGAUGAUGUCAUCCGAGUACUUCCGCAACAUGAUUACCAACCCCGAAGCGAUGCAGCGCAUGGCGCGACUUUCUCAAAUGUUCGGUGGCGGUGGCCUGGGUGACCCUGCGGGGCUGAGUGCAGCGCCGUCCGGUGCAUGGCCUCCGCCGGGCGCCUUUGGGAUGCCUGAGGGGCAAAAUGCUAGUGGGCAAAAUGCUGGCGCGGCCGGUGCCGCUCCGACGCCCGGUGCAAAUCCAUUGGAGAGUCUGGCGCAGCUGCAGCAGCUGCUGGGUGGCGCAGGUGCAGGCCAGCCGUCUUUGUCGGCCUUGGCAGGCCUUGGCGCCUUUCCCCCUGCAGCAGCGCCUCCUGCUGAUUCUCGUCCGCCGGAAGAGCGCUAUGCUACCCAGCUUGAGCAGCUCCAGUCUAUGGGAUUUUAUGAUGCACGGGCCAAUCUAAGCGCCUUGCUCAUGAGCGGCGGCAGCGUUGAGGCAGCUGUCGGUAUCCUGCUAGGCCAACCGUAG